AUGGAUCAGGAAACAGCGAAUGCACUCUUUGAGCAUGGUGCAUGUCUACUCUUCUUGGAAGCGCCACCCAAUCUCGAAUUUGGCAUCGACUACAAUGCAUGGACAGUCGGUCCUCUUUUCAAAGGCGUCAAAAUGAUCCCACCAGGUCUCCAUUUCGUUUAUUUCUCAGUCAUUAGCCGGGAAGGUAUUCAAGGCAUGCGAACUGGUUUCUUUCGUUACUUUGAAUCCAAGGAGGUGCUCGUACGUGAAUGGAACCCGCAAACCGAGGAUCUUCGCGAUGAAACAGAAAUGGAUCCUGAUCAAGUAGAACGAUACAAGAUGAACAUACGAGAUUUUGAUCGCAACAUGGGACCUUAUCCAUUGGAUCCACCCACCUAUUACCAACGAUGGCAGAAAUUAACGGGAUACGUUACACCGGGAUUGGUUCGACGCAUUCUCCCCAACAAUGGCAAGGUCUCCCAUUUACCAAGUGCUCAAUCAGAUCAAAAUGUCAUGCAAGUCAAGGACAAGCGGAUGGGAAGAACGAUUGAAAAAGAAGAAGGCAUGGAAUUCACAGCAUUUGAUUUACGGCAAUCCUUCCCAAAAGGUGCUUCGGGUCAGGAGGUAACACGAUGGAGUCUUGACAAGUCAUGGCUGGCCAACGACUUGCUCCAACGCGUGUACCAUGAUGAUCAUCACAGCAUGCUUGGAGAAAUGCAGCUUGCCUUUGUGUGUUUAUUGAUGGCUCAAAACUUUUCUGGUUUCAAUCAAUGGAAGCAAUUCGUACACCUCUUUUGCUCUUGCCAAGACCUCGUUGAAAAGCGACCCGAUAUCUUUGUCGAUUUUAUUGAUGUUCUUCAAGUACAAUUGGAUGAAUGCCCAGAGGACUUUUUCAGAGACAUCUUGUCAGAAAACAACUUUGUGUCGGUGAUGCUCAAGAACCUCAAGGAGCACAUACCUGCUACCAACCAAGACCUAAUGGAGAAAUUCGACAACCUCAAGCAGUUUCUUUCAAGGAGGUUCAAUUGGGAAAUACCUGAGAGUGAUAGUGAAGAAGACGAUGACGAGGAUGCACCUACGAUUGUAGAAAUGUAA